AUGAAAGAUUAUGGCUUAGCCGGGGAUGUCGGGGUCACUAAGUGUAAUUCAAGUGGAGAUACAGUAAGAGCAGAUACAGAAGAGAUUCAUGAAGAACCCGUCAUUUUUGAACAACAUAUUGAACCAGUGGCAUUUGGAUCUCAAAUCCAAAUUGAGAAAUCUCAACAUACAGUUGAUGCUGCCCAUGUUGUUCCUGCUUGCAAAACUAGCAAUGACAGAAGCCCCGUGUUAGUCGGUGACAAAACAGUUGAGUUACGCCCUGAUGAAGGUGUAUCUUCUACGUCGAUCAAUGUUGGUGUUGUUGAUCAAAACCAAGAGAGAAAAGAAGAUGCCCCUGAUGACGUACAUCAAGUUGCAUUUCAUGUUCAGUUGGAGCAUAACCAGAUUCAACGGGAAAAAGGAGUGGAUGAGUUGGAUGACAGUUUUUUCCCAACCCAAAAUACUGUAGCAAAACUUGUGAUGAAACUGCGUAAAGAUAGGCGCCCUGGCCCUUCGCAAGUUUCUCCAUUCGUGACAAAUUUUGGCUCCGCUUCGGGUUAGUAUUAUUACGUAAUUAGAUGUGUAUGCAUGUAUUUUCUUAUCCUUGUAUUUUUAAUCAUAUUUCAUUGUAUUCAAGCAGGUAGCUCAGUAAAGUUGACACAGAUAUUAAACAUGAAACACCCAUUUGAGAAUGAUGCUAUCACGGGGCAACAUGAUAAAAACCUUUUAGCUGAUUCCUCAAAAUGGGUUAGAGAGGGGCUACUUGUUAGACAUGAUGUCAGGUAAGUUUAUUCAACAAUCACAGUUUUUUUUUUUUUUUG